AAGGCGCCUCUCGACGUCUGCAUAAGCUGUAAACACCAGAGGUUUUGCUAAAAUAGACUAUCGAAAUCUCAGAGUAGGGUGUAAAUAUUUUAUCUUAAUGUGUAUCCAGUUAUAAACUUCAUGAACAAGAUUGUCAUCUAGCCUACCUAAUUCUGCAUAAAAAACAACGGAAAACCAAUUCAUGCACCUUAUAUCAUAUUGAUAGCAUGCGUUGAACCUUUCCUGUCAGCUAUUCUUGUCAAUUCCUGUAAUUAAAAAUUAACAUCAACUUCUUAUCUCAAACACUAAAUCUUAUGUUUUCCGGUUCAUUCAAGGCCAUACACUGAAAAUUAUUGAGUUGAGUGAGUUCAUGAUAGUGAAGAAGUAAAAGAUGAAGUUUGGAAAAGAAUUGAAGUCGCAGAUGGUACCAGAAUGGACAGAAGCAUACAUGGGUUAUGAUUCUCUGAAGAAUCUCUUGAAAGAUAUAAAUCAUUUUCAAGAAAGAAAUAGAACAGCACCUUUAGCUACUAAUCCACCUGGAUUAAGUCGAAAACUCACACUUUACAGAGCUUUUAGUGGCUUAACCCAAAGAACUGUUUCUCCAAGAACUCAUGACUCUGAAAGCCAGCCCAUUUUGGUUAACUCAGUGAAGAGAUCAAAUGGAGAAGAAGGGUACGAGACGAGGUUUCUGAUGGUGGCUGACGAAGGAGGAGAGUAUGAACUUGUAUUCUUUCGGAGGCUUGAUGAUGAGUUCAAUAAAGUUAAUAAGUUUUAUAAGGGUAAAGUUCAGGAGGUGAUGAAAGAGGCUGCUGAGUUAAAUAAGCAAAUGGAUGCUCUGAUUGCAUUUCGGAUCAAAGUUGAUAACCCAAAGCAUGUAAUUUUUGAAAGUCAAGUGGAGAUGAACCGUCUUGCUGCUGCUGCUAAAGCUUCCUCGGAAGCAGCUGCUUUAACUGCCUCAGCUUCUACUGCCAUGAGAUCAAGAAGGAAAGUAGAUCACAUGGAUGUAAUAGAUGAAGAUCAUUCAAACACUGGACAGAGAUCAGAUGAUUCUUUCAGUAACGAUGCAAUUUCUGGAGGCGUCAGCAAGACCAGGGGAAUUACAUUCAGACCACCUCCGCUGGAGAUACUCAGCCAUGUUACAGUUAAUAACUCUAUUGAGACACCUCGUUCGACCAUAAGAAGUGUGCUUAAUAUUCCUAUUCAGACUGACUUGAAACUGACCAAGGAGAAUCUGAGUAAAGUUGAAGAACAACUUAAAAGGGCUUUUACUGAAUUUUACCAGAGGCUUCAACUUCUAAGAAGUUUUAGCUUUAUGAACAUGUUGGCAUUUUCAAAGAUCUUGAAAAAAUACGAUAAGAUAACUUUAAGAAACGCUUCCAAGUCCUACUUGAAAUUGGUUGAUAACUCUUACAUUGGCAGCUCUGAUGAGGUUCCGAAGCUCAUGGAAAGGGUUGAAGCUGCAUUUGUUAAGCACUUUUCUAACUCUAAUCGCAAAAAAGGACUGAGCAUUCUAAGACCAACAGCCAAAAGACAACGACAUAGAACAACUGCCUUCUUAGGUUUCUUUGCUGGGUGCACGGUAUCUCUCAUUAUCGCCCUCAUUUUAAUUGUACGAGCUCGUAACAUAAUACAAGAGAGUGGCAGAGACAAAUACAUGAAUACCAUGUUUCCCCUGUACAGCCUGUUUGGGUUCAUCGUCUUGCACAUGAUAAUGUAUGCUGCAAACAUAUACUUCUGGAGACGAUAUCGAGUGAAUUAUCCUUUUAUAUUUGGGUUCAAUCAAAGAACUGCACUAGGCUACCGAGAAGUUCUAUUGCUUGCUUUUGGCCUCGCAGCCUUAGCAACAGGUUGUGUGCUAGCAAAUCUUGAUAUGGAAAUGGAACCCAAAACAGGGGAUUACAAGGCAAUUACCGAGCUUCUGCCUUUGGUUUUAGUAAUUCUUGUGUUAUUAGUAGUGAUCUUACCAUUCAAUAUCAUCUACCGUUCAAGUCGAUACUUCUUGCUCACAUGCAUCUUUCACUGCAUUUGUGCUCCUCUAUACAAGGUUGUACUAUCCGACUUUUUCUUGGCGGAUCAAUUUACUAGCCAGGUUCAGGCUUUCAGAAAUCUUGAGUUCUACAUUUGUUACUAUAGUUCAGGUGACUACAAACGCAGAGAAAACAGUUGCAAGGAUAACGAAGUUUUCAAUACCUUCAAUUUCAUUGUAGCCGCCAUCCCAUAUACAUGGCGCCUCCUUCAGUGUCUCAGGCGCUUCUUUGAGGAAAAAGAUAAUUGGCAGGGUCUAAACGGACUAAAAUAUCUUGCGACAAUUGUAGCUGUGACUACUAGAAUAGCUUACAGCCGCGACAAGAGUGCUGGAUGGAAUAUAGUGGCCUGGAUUGCCUCUAUAAUCGCCGCAUUUUCUAGUACAUAUUGGGACCUUGUGUGGGACUGGGGGCUACUAGGCCGAACUUCCAAGAACCGUUGGCUACGAGACAAACUACUAGUUCCACACAAAAGUGUUUAUUUUGUAGCCAUGGUAUUGAAUAUUCUGUUGAGGCUUGCUUGGCUCCAGACGGUUUUGGACUUUGAUGUUUCAUUCCUUCAUCACCAGACAUUGGUUACGAUUGUAGCCAGUCUAGAGAUCAUCCGUCGCGGCAUUUGGAACUUCUUUCGGUUGGAGAAUGAACACUUGAACAAUGUGGGGAAGUAUCGUGCCUUCAAGUCUGUACCACUACCUUUCAACUAUGAUGAAAAUGAAGAUGAAGAAGAUGCAUAAUUAGUAAUUAUAUCCUGCUUGUUAGUUUUAUUUUAUUAGUAAAUUGACAUGUUAUCCGAAA